AUGCAAAACAUACAAACUAUUGCAUCUGAACUGCCCGCUCUCUUCGAGCAGUAUGCAAGGCAACUGCCUGUACCACCCUGGAAGCUUACCUAUUGGCUGGGUCUUCCGUAUAUCGCAUACAGAUUAAAUCGCUACUUGAGUCGUCGAGCAUUGAAUAACGGCGUUACCGAUUCUUUCGACUGGCACAAGGAGAUCAUCCUAAUUACAGGAGGUUCUAAUGGCAUCGGUGCUGCUGCGGCGCAGAAAUUGGCUACAAAGGGAACUAAAGUGGUUGUCCUAGACAUUUUACCACUGACUUAUGACGCUCCCGAAAAUCUGCACUACUAUCGAUGCGAUUUGACAAACUUUGACGAAGUUCAGGCAGUUGCAGCCACCGUAACUCGCGAGGUCGGCGCACCUACAUGUGUCGUAGCAAACGCSGGAAUCUGUCGCGGCAAGCCAUUGCUGSGAGCCACUAAACGUGAUAUCGAAUUAACAUUCGGUGUCAAUAGUCUCGGCCUUUUGUGGACCAUCAAAACAUUCCUACCCUCGAUCGCCGAGAAGAACCACGGCCACUUCGUGAUGCUUGCCUCGCAGACGGGACAUCUAGCAACAGCGGGGGUAGUAGACUACGCAGCCACCAAAGCCGCUACUUUAGCCAUCUACGAAGGUCUUCAGACCGAAUUACGCCAUGUCUACAAGGCCCCCGCAGUGCGCGUAUCAUGCGUAUCACCGUCUGCGGUGAGCACCAAAAUGUUUACAGGCAUUAAGUUGCCUCCUUCAGUGCAACCCUUACAACCUUCAGACGUUGGUUCUGCAAUUGCUGAGAUAUUGUGGAGUGGCCGAGCGCAGAAUAUCAUGUUGCCAUCUUCGGCUUAUAUAUCGCCCAUUACGCGUGCACUCCCAGAUUGGCUUCGAAUCGGAUUGCAGGAGUUUGGCAAGGACAUCAUGACGGAUUUGAAUCCUCAUAAACCGUUGGAUUGA